GUGGAGCUCGCCCCAAACUCCUUUUAAACCUCCCCUCCUUCAUCUCCGCAAAAAAAAAAACCUCUGCCGUGCUGUGGCUGCCUUCGAUUGACCGAUCAGAAAAGCCGAACGGGUCCCAUCUCUCUCUCCUUCCCUCUCUCUUCCUCGCGAAUUGGAUGUAAAAGUGGGGACGGAAAGCUGUCAGAUUUAUUCUGCCUCUCAACGUCCAACAUUGCCCAAUGGGAAACAGAGUCUCUCAUGGAAGCUCAAGAAAUGUGAAUGAAGAGGACUAUGAAGAUUUGGAUAUGGGGACACCGAGACUUCUUGCAGUUCUAGUGAUGUUAUUCAGUUACGUAAAACCUGCAAAGUCAACUCCUCUCCAACCAGUCUGUGACAUCCGCGUACUGGACAAUUACAUUCGAGAAGCGAAGAAUGCUGCAAAUACAGCGAAACAAUGUGAGGAGACCUGCACACUCCCAGGAAAUUUCACCCUUCCGAAAACCAGCGUCAGCUACAGAGAAUGGGCAGCAAAGGAUCUGAGGACGAAAGCCGAGGAGGUCCAGAGUGGCCUCAAGCUGCUUGCUGCCGCCGUCCAGAAGGCCCAGAACUUGACGGUCAACAGCAACAUGUUGUAUCCAAUAGAGAGGAGCUACAGCAACAUCCGCAGCAUCACGCAGAUGGUGAAGAGCUUCACACCUGUCAGCCUCAAUGGGGAUCAGCCGGCUGCACAGACCACCUUCAGCAGCAGAACAGUGAGAACCAUCUUCCAUGUGUACCUCAAUUUCUUGCAAGGGAAAGUGCGAUUGUUUUUCCUCGACACAGAAGCCUGCAACCUGGCCACGAGCUGACAGUCAGUCCCCACUUGAAGGAGCUUCCCAUGCGAACUAUAAAACUGUAACCUUUGCACAAACAUGUACAGCACCAACAAGGAACGGAAGAGAGGGGGAGAAGCAAACGGAUGCGAUGAAGAUAUUUCCAUUUGGGACGAUAACCAUCCAGCUCUUGAGGACUUGACCAGAGACACUGUUAUUCCAAGUGCUCGGGACUUACAAUGCUUUGAACUCAAAGGCAAGCGAGCGAGAGAGAGAGAGAGAGAGAGAGAGAGAGAGAGAGAGAGAGAGGGAGAUGCACCCAAUAAACUAUUUGACUGUGUGUGCCAAUUCUCUCCGACUGAAAGCGUCUCGUUUAUUGAUGGCGUGGCCUGCGACUGAGGGCACCAUUUUGUUCUGUAGAGUAUUUGUGAAUAUGGGACGUGAGAUUUUGAUGUCUUUAUAUUUUUAGCUCUGUCACCCUAUUAGACCUAAGGCCAUUUUUAUUGCUUACCUCGCAGAUUAAAGUUCACUGGUCACCCAGUAGAAGUAAAC